AUGGAACUAAGGCCGAGAAUGCUCAAAGACUGCCUUUUGGAAGAUUCCAAUUCCUGUUCAUCAAACGGGUUCAAAUCGAUUCCAAGACGGCCUACUCUCAACCAGUUCCCACUGAUACCAACAAAGAGGAAAGAAUCCAAUGCAUUGCAGGCUUUGAUUAACGUCGUUAAGAACCUCCGUUCCAACGCCGUCAAAUCCACUCCAUCAGGGCUUUUACCAAGGAGCCUUUCUCGCCGGUUAUCAUCCAAGAACAAAGCAGUAGAAAACAAAGCAAUCAUCACCGUCGUUCGAGUCAAAGACAUCGUACGGUGGAGCUCCUCCAAGGACCUGCAUGAAGAAGACAUAUCACAUUUUGAACCGUCUCCACCUCGUCAGUACACGACCAAGACGAUCACGACAACAACCACGGGAUCCUCCACAACCAGCGGCACAUCCUGCAGCAGUUGGUGCGACUCGGAUUUUACUUCUGAGUUUUUACCGUCAUCAUGGGGAGGAGGUAACGUUGAAAAAGAGGGUGGUGAAAACAAAUUACUAUGUGUCGGCGAAGAUUCUUGCACAGCAGUAACAGACGCCGACACUGAAGUGGGACCUCAGGAGGACUUACAAUGUGAAAAAGAGCAAAAUAGCCCCGUCUCUGUUCUUGAGAUUCAACAUGGGGAAGAUUCCGAAGCAUCAGACUCUUCUUUGAGUCAAUGCCUUGACAAUGUGGAAAGAACAAAACAAAAGCUCAUGCAAACGAUUCAACGGUUUGAGAAUUUGGCUAACAUUAGUCCUUUCAAUUUGGACGAAUGGGUCUCAAUGGAUGAGGAAUCUUGCACGGAAGAAGGACUAGAGACAGAUAUCAUAUAUGAUGAUGAAAAUUGUGAUACUGGCAACAUAGAGGUUGAAGAUGAAGACGUUGAUGAGGUUGAAGAGAAAGCAGCUCAGCUAUGGGACCGAGUCAGAGAAAGACAUGCCAUUUGGAUCCACGAAGAACAUCUGAUAAUGGACUAUUUCAGAGAUGAACUGAUGCAAAAUACAAACUCAUCUCACGAAACUUACAGAGAUUAUCAACACUUUGAAGACGAAUUGGUGGGCGAGGCAAAAGAAUGGUUACAGGGACAAAGAGUAUCCGAGCUUGAACGUGGAACAGGUGAGCAGAGAAGACAGGCAUGUGCUAGAGAAAUUGAAAGACAAGACUGGAACGAGAAACGGAUGAAGGAAGAGCGGGAAGAGGUGGCUGUGCAGAUUGAGGAUGGAGUUUUCAGCCUGUUGAUGAAAGAAACUUUAGAUGCGAUCUGCCAAUGCUGAUUCCAGUCACAUGAACAAAGCAAGAAGCAGAAUCAAUGGUUAAAUUCUCCUCGGCAGAUGAAUCGAACUAAUGGUCAUGAAAGCUGCGAGAAGAAGACAAAUGUAGCUAUCAAACUCAUUCAGGUAUCAUAAGUUUAAGCUUAUAACUUAGCAGGCAGAAACAGUUUUGAUAAGGGCGGGACAGAGUCUUUUUGCUCUACUUUCCGUAAGAAUAAA